UCCUAUAUAAUGUGGAAGAAUUCAACUCGAUAUUAUUUUAAAAUUCACUAAAAUACUUAAAAACUUUUGAUUUAAAAAUGUCCAAUACGGCUGCAACAUUCUCUGGUAACACAGACUACAACCUCUCUGAAAUUUCCAAGGUUGAUAUCCCAACUGUUCCAAAGGAUGCUAUUCUCAUCAAAAGUGUUGCAUUUGCUGCCAAUCCAACCGAUUGGAAGCAUUUAGUAUAUGGUAUGGGACCUAAAGGCUCUAGGUUAGGAUCUGAUGUAUCUGGUAUAGUUGAAGAAGUUGGCUCUGAAGUCAAAGGUUUUGCCAAGGGCGAUUUUGUUUCCAACUUUAUGCGUGGUAACUUCAAUUCAAUCAAUGGAGCUUUCCAAGAGUACGUCAUUAUUAAUCCAGUCACAACUAUCAAGUACGACAAGUCCGCCAUUAAGACAGAGGCCCUCCCAGUUGGAACUUCCCCAAUCGGAAAGAUUGAUACUUUCGAAGGAGCUGCUUCUGUUACACUUGGUCUCACUACUGUUUCUUUGUCAUUUGCCCAUCAUCUCAAGCCUUCCUUUGAUAAAGCUGAUAAUGCUGAUAAGUAUAUUUUGAUUUGGGGUGGUGCUACUGCUACUGGCUUCCUUGCUAUUCAAGUUGCCAAACUUGUUUAUGGAUUGAAAGUUAUUGCAACUGCCUCCAAGAAACAUCAUGAAACUUUAAAAAGUAUUGGUGCUGAUUACCUUGUUGAUUAUAACGAUAAAGAUGCUGUCGAACAAAUUAAAUCUAUUGGAGGCGCGGAAAUCAAAUAUGCUUUAGAUACCGUUUCCAGUACUGAAACUUUCCAGUCUUUGUAUGAUGCCACAUCUGAAUCUAAGGACGUAAGACUCGACAAUUUGUUGUUCUUAACAGAAAAGGAUAUUAAUGCUGAUCCUAAUAGAAGCGUUUAUAUCGGUGAUACUUUAGCCUAUGUUGUGGUUGGUGUUGAUGUUAACUUUGCAGGAAGAAUGGUCUAUUCUACUCCAGAAUUGGUUAAAGACUACACCCACUUCUGGUAUGAAGUAUUACCUUCAUACAUUCCUCAAUUAGUUCACUCCAACUUGAAAGUUUUGGCACCUGGCUUCGAAUCCGUCAACGAAGCACUCUCAUUAUUAAGAGAAAAUAAGGUAAGUGGUGAAAAGAUUGUAUUUAGAAGAGUUUAA